AUUCGUAGAGUGAUGUGAGUUAAUACUGUGCUUGAACGGUCUGGCGCUUGAAGCCUUUGGACCGAGGAGUUGAAAUUGGCAAACGCUUGUAUUUGCAUACUUAAAAGAGCUUACUAUUUUUAUAAACAAGAGAGAGAGUAUUGGUUUCACCAGUGCACAUAACAACAUAACAUCUGAAACAGUUUAAGAGCUCAAAUUAUGGAUAGUGAAACUGAAGGCGAAGCCAGAAAAAGGCGACUUCAAAAUAAUAGAAAGUUUACUAGCUUACUUGAUGAAUUAUCGAAUGAAUCCACAACUUGUUAUUUGCAAGGCUCGACUCCACAUGAACGAGCUGAGGAACUCGAUGGUGGGUAUUUUGAAAGCCUCAUUGCACUUGACUGGCGAAAAACUAUAAAAAGAGUCAGUGAACAAUCAGUGCACAUCUCACAGAUUGAGGACCUACCAGAACCAAGUAACUUGGAUGAUAUACCUGAAGGUCAUGGGGACAGUAAGGAAGUGGUUCAAGGAAAGACAAUAUCAUUAUCAGAUAAACAGCGAGAAGCUUUGUAUUGUGAAUCAGUUUAUACCAUCAUGCAUCAAAUUGGUGGCCAAGAGAAACAAGUGUCCAAUGAUGAUUUACAUGCUUAUCUACAAAAGGUUCUCGGGAUUUCAGGUGAUAAACAUCGUGAACUUUAUGAAAGGACAAAACACAGAGAGUCACCGAAGUUUUAUCUCAAAGUUCAAGUUGUUGAAGCAAGGAAUCUUCAAGCUAAGGAUGCCAAUGGCUUUAGUGAUCCUUACUGCAUGAUAGGAAUAAUAAAAAGUCAAGGAUCUGUGGAAGACACUACUAGUAAACGUAAAGUAAGACAACGAAAGUUUUCCAAGACAUUGCAGGAAAUUCUUAAAACUGAAUCAAUACAAAUGACAACUGUCAGAGAAAACACCGUCAAUCCAUCAUGGAAUGAGACUUUUAAUUUUGAAGUCAAUGAUAUCGCAAGUGACAUCUUACAUAUUGAUAUUUGGGAUUGUGAUGACAAGGAAAAACUCACCGACCAUGACAACAAAAUUACAAAAAUCAGAGGUUUUCACGGUGUAGGAAGAUAUUUGAAAGAUGUGGUUCAGUCUGCUCGAGCUGGCGAUAGUGAAAGUACAGACGAUUUCCUGGGGUAUCUGGAAUUACCCUUGCAGGACAUCCAUUGUGACGGUAUCGAUGAAUGGUUUUCACUGAAAACCAAGUCUUCUAAAUGUCGUGUAACUGGAGAUUGUCAUAUCAAGAUAUCGCUGUCUUCAGGAAAGCGACCUGAGUUCCAUAGCGAUGUACAGAAUUUGUAUUCAUUCUUCCCAGACCUCUAUGCGGCUCUUCUGCUGGAAUUUGUCCGCUAUGACGUCGAGGCAGCAAAAAUGACAGACGACCUAUUAUCAGUCCCAGCCGAGUACAUUCUUCACCAGUUGGCCAUUCAGAAUGACCUGACUCCUCUACAAGAAGCAGCAAUACGAUGGAGAUUCUACAGUGAAUUCCACUGGACGAACCCUCUACAGUACGAUACACUUUGUGUUUUAGCGCACAAACUCGCUAAGCAGUGGACACCAGGUCGAUUGUCAGACAGAGAGGAACGAGCUCUUCGACAAAGCCUACAGCAGUUUGUAGACAAUUGUCUUCAGUUAGUACUCAAACAUCGGGAUCUUUAUCCUCCUACGGACAAAGGACGAUUUGGUCGACUUGUCAACCUUACAGAAUGUUUACAUGCCGUAAAAGAGAUGGAUGCCUUUAGCAGCAUUGAUGACAAAAAACCGAUGUCUCUAUCAAUCAGUCAAGUUAUUAAGGAAUCAGCGUCRGUCUGGUAUGACAAGACACAUGCAUGGCUUGAACCCAGGGAAUCUACACACGAGGCCAAACUGGCGUUUAUUGUUAACAUCAGCGAAGCUGUCAUGACUGACACUCUGAAGGGACUUAAAUUCUAUCAUAAAGUGUUUCGCUUAGUUGGAGUGGAUUACUUCACCGUGACGUAUUGUCAACUGGAACUGAUGUUGGCCAACGAUCUCAGAAUUUUCUUGGAAUCAUUAAAGCAGAGCAUCAAAAACAAAGACGAGGGGGAUAUAGUGGGGGAAAAAUUGUUCGCUCUUUAUCUCGCUAUUAGAGAACUGAUGAGUUAUCGCAAACACGCAAACAUCAGUGAUGAGCAUACAUUUGGUCUCGAUGAUUUUCACCUUUGGUUCAAGACAGUAGUUCUACGAUGGUUUGAUAUCGCACAAGCUAAAGCCAAACACCGAAUAAAGAAAGCUAUUGCAGUUGACAAGUUCGUGAGUGUCGAUCCUAGUGUUAUGUACUCGACGUCUGCGAUAGAUUGUACAGGAUGCUUUCACCAAAUUCGUGAGUUUUGGGUGAAGCUUGACUGGCCAGAUGCUGUAGGUUCCUACAUGUACGUAACACAGAUCAUCAGUAUGAUUUGCAGCAGUGCCUUGCAUUAUGCUGAUUUAGUCUUCGAGAAAAUGAUCCAAGAGAAUUACUAUAACAACGAGUCCACACAGUUUGAUGUUGUCGAUGAGCUAUGUGUCACUUUGAACRACAUUGAGUAUAUUCGUACAUGGCUAGCCAGUCUGCCCGACAUGAUGGAACUCAAUACUGUAGUUGCUGCCAUGAAGAAGGUUCAUGGUGAAAAAGGUGCGAAUCACGUCCACUCGUCCAUCACUAGCGUUGUAAACAGUGCAGACGAGGACAUGUUGAACAAGAUUGUAGCCAUUAUUGAACACAUCGGACAAAAGAUGGCAGUAGACGUGAAAAAGUUUGUUGUUCAGUUGUCGUUGGAACACAGUUCGAAAGCUACAGAUGAGGCAAUCAGCCCUCUGUUACAAUAUCUGGACGAUAAUUUAAUGGUCUUAAAUAAAAGUCUCAUGAAAUCGAUAUUUGAACUGACGCUAUCUUAUAUGUGGGAGAUUGUCAUCGAGUCAUUCAGCAAUGUGAACAAAAUGGGACGAGGGAAUACUCCCGAGUUUUACGUCCGUCUCAAAGAUUCCAUUGAGAUCGUCCAGGCGUUCUUUCAUGCGGAUGGGGCGGGUUUACCGUUCGACCAACUCACUGGCGGCCUUUAUGAGGGCAUCAUGGACUCUCUUGGUACUCGUUGUAUGACGACACCUCGACUUAUAGAAAUGUUUUACGGGACCAUGUGUGAACGACAGGAUGAGACUCCAGAAGAGUUCGGAGCGAUAACCUUGCGUUCUUUCUACGAUCUGUCAAACAGUACAGUCCAUAUCGAGGUGUUAAAUGCUCGGAAUCUUAAAGCUCUUGAUACAAACGGUCUAUCAGAUCCUUACGUCAUCCUACGUCUACAGCCCACUCAUCUAUUUGGCAAGCGAUUGGAACAAAAAUCCAAAGUCGUUAAGAACACUCUUUUUCCUUUGUUUGACGAAAAGUUCUCAUUCCCUGUACCAGUAGAUGUUUGUAAGAUUGAAGGUGCUUGUGUAGUGUUAACGGUGCUGGAUUAUGAUGUCCUCAGUAAUGAUGACAUUGAAGGGUUUGCUGUCUUGUCUCUCAACACCCUGGCAAGCCUAGAAGAACAGAACGAAGGUGGAUUUGCUAACGAACCACAAAUCACUCUUAACCUAAUGCAACCCAGUCUUGAAGGGACUGCUUUUGAAACGCUUGAAUGCCGUAACGAUAAGGAAGCCGAGAACUUUGUAAAAGAACAACGUCUUUUUUAUGAUAAAUUCCGCAGCGCUCAUUCAACCUGAAUCAAGAGUCUUGAUGUCUUGUUGUUCUCAGUAAAUCUCGAUUACUGAAGUUACAUGAUAAUCGUAUCCUCAGUUGGAUCAUUGAAAAGUAAGAUUGUAACUUGCCCUCGUUUAGUGUUCGUCACUAAGAGGAAAUGACAUCUUUGGGUCUUUUGGUGACACUAUAGAACGAGAAAAUAGUAUAUUUACACACCUGGAAUAUAGUUGUGGACAAUGAUAGUUUCGACGUCUUAUUGUGACGAAAGAAAGAGCGUGCAGGUCCUUAGUUUUUAUACACUUCAACAUAAAGCAAGCGUUAUUUKAACUCUUCGAGACCCAUUCGGGAAUAUACAGAACGCCAACAUGUCUAAAGAUCAUGCUGUUUCGAAACUUUAUUAUCAUUAUAAGUAUAUGUUAUUGACAAUAAAAAGUCCUUGUUCAUUAGAACAAUACAGAUUGGUUAAAAUGGGAGGCUUUCAAGGCGUUCAUAACUGACAUGGAAUGAUGGGAAACCGGUUAGUCAGGUUUUUUACCAUCACGUUUAUAUUCAUUCUACGUGUGUUAGUCAUGUACGGUGUGAAACCUUUGGUUUGACAAAAUAAAACGGUUAAAAUGGAA